AUGAUGUUUCAUAGUAUGCAAGAUAUGCCUCAUGAUUUCAAGCAAUUUCACAAUUCGCAUUUGUCGCAACAGCGUAGUAUCAGCCUUCCAAGAUCAACGUCAUAUUCAACACUUCGUCAUCGGAAAACACGAAUUAUUUCCGCUAUUAGAGUAUUACUAGAUGAACUUGAUGCAGAUGGGCUUCAUGACGUUGUGGAUGAAGCGCAAAACAGGAUUAAGAAAUUAAGGUGA